AUGACAAAUCCAAAAGGUUAUCGUCGAGGUACCCGUCAUUUAUUUGCAAGAGAUUUCAAGAAAAAUGGUCGUAUUCCUUUGGCUACCUAUAUGAAAAUUUAUAAACGUGGUGAUAUUGUCGAUAUUAAAGGAAAUGGUGCUGUACAAAAAGGUAUGCCACAUCGAUUUUAUCAUGGAAAAACAGGUCGUGUUUUUAAUGUAACUCGACAUGCUGUUGGUAUCAUUGUCAACAAACGUGUUCGUCAUCGUGUUAUUGCUAAACGAAUCAAUGUUCGUGUUGAACAUAUCAAACACUCAAAAUGUCGUGCUGAUUUUCUCAAUCGUGUCAAACUCAGUGAACAAUUGAAACGAACAGCCAAAGAAACAGGCAAGAGUGUACCACUUGCUAGUAUUAAACGACAGCCGCAAGGCCCACGUAAACAACGUUUGAUGGCUGAUAGUAUUGGUCGUAGAAAAGAAAAUAUUGUUGAUUUAAAUAAAUAUUUAGAUAAACGUAUUCGAGUGAAAUUUAAUGGUGGUCGUGAAUGUAGUGGAGUUUUAAAAGGUUAUGAUCAAUUAUUAAAUUUGGUACUCGAUCAAACAAUUGAAUAUUUACGUGAUCCUGAUGAUGAAUAUAAAAUUAGUGAAGAUACUCGACAAUUAGGACUUGUUAUAUGUCGAGGUACAUCAGUGGUACUCAUAUGUCCAUUAGAUGGUAUGGAAGAAAUUCCAAAUCCAUUUGUUCAACAUGAAUGA